UGUGCUAGCCGGUACCAUCAAGUGUUCUGUAAGGUUUUAAAUUAUUUUUUUUCUAAAUAUUUUGAUUUGAAAAUACCAAAAUUUCAGGAAUCUACGAACAAACAAAAAAUCAGACAAAAUGGCAACAAAAGGCACACUUUUCGGCAGUCUCUUCACAAAAACCUUACAAGCCCAAAAGCGAGUGGUUUCAACAUCCGCCACAAAGCGGCAAUCGAUCGCAUUAAAAGAAAUAGCACCGAUCACACGACCGUUCCAAAAGGUGUUAGAGAAUAUAAACCGAUUAAAACUCCUCAAAUCAUCUAACGAGGAACCAAACAUACAAACUUCAGCGAAAGUCAAACCUUUCGAGAAAAUCCCCGGACCAAAAGGACUUCCAAUUAUAGGCACACUGUUAGAUUACACCAAGAAAGAUGGAUAUCGCUUCGACAAACUGUUUGAGGUAUUUACAGAAAAAUCUCUCCAAUAUGGACCCGUUUUUAAAGAACAAAUAGCUAAUAUGACAACGGUUGUUAUCACUGAUCCUUUCGAGUACAAAAAGGUCAUAAGGGCAGAGGGCAAGUAUCCAAAGCGACGUGUCCUCGAUCCAUGGUUCCUGUAUCGUGAAAAGAACAAGAUGGGACAAGGCCUUGUAAACGCCCAAAGUUCUGAGUGGCACAAGUACCGGUCUGUCACUGCGAAAAGGAUGCUGAAAACAAAGGAAGUGUUAGAAUAUUGCACAAGUAUGGACAGGGUGGCAGAAGACUUCAUCACACACCUCUCCAAUCUCAGAAAUCAACAAAACGAAGUUGUCGGCAUUGAAAAUGAAUGCUUUAAAUGGGCCAUGGAAUCUGUGGGUACCUUUCUCUUCAAAACCAGAUUAGGUUGUUUUGGACCAAAUCCUCCAACCCAAGCACUAGAGUUUAUAAAGCAUCUACAAGGCCUUUUUCAUUAUAUGCAAAUACUGCUAUAUAGUUCUCCAAUUUACCAGAUAAUUCCCACAAAACCAUGGAAACAAUAUGAAAAUCACUGCGACAACGUAAUGCGAAUUGGCAGAUCAUACAUAGACAAGAAAGUGGCUGAAAUCCAGAAGAACCCUACCAAGGAGGGUGAGAAGUCGGCAUUUAUAGAGUAUAUGAUAAACCAGGAGUCGCUGUCCGAGAAAGAAGCCUUGUCCACCUGCACUGACGUCCUUGUCGGUGCCACAGAAACGACAACGAGUGGUACUCUCUGGGCGAUGUACUGUCUGGCCAAAAACCCACUCAUCCAAGAGAAAUUAUACGAAGAAACAAAAAGAGUUUUACCAAACAACGAAGCUAUUACCCCCGAAAAACUUUCUCAACUGCAUUACGUCAAAGCGGUCAUUAAGGAAACGUUUAGGUUAUAUCCCCUCACCUUUACCCUUAGCAGGUACAUAGAAGAGGACCUAGAGGUCGGAGGUUACUCCCUUCCAGCAGGGACCCAUGUUCAGGCCAAUCUGUAUGGCAUGUUUCGAGACAGCAAAUUCUAUCCGGACCCAGAAACCUUCAAACCAGAAAGAUGGUUAAAGGAAAGUGACAUGGAUAAGGAAUUGAAAGGAUUUUCGAACCUUGUCUGGGGUCACGGUGCCAGAAUGUGCAUAGGGCGAAGAUUUGCAGAACAGGAAAUGCACAUUGUUUUGACAAAGAUUAUACAGAACUUCAAGAUUGAGUACAACCACGGAACAGUGGAGCCCGUGUUGAAUAUGGUGAUGAACUCCGAUCGUCCUCUUCUGUUUUCGUUUAUUCCAAGGUCCUCAGUGACUAUCUGCAUGAAUUGUAAACCUUCAUAUAAACCUAAAGUGGAGCACAAAAUUAAUGGUCGUCAAUACAGAUUCCCUCCUUAA